UAUUUCACGAAUCGUUUGUGACUCGUAAUAGCAUUUCUUGGCGAAAUAUUGAUUUUUCACGGUCAUAUGUUAUCAAAUAUGACAAACGUAAUUCGAAAGAAAAGUUUAAUAUGUUUCAACAUUCUUCGCACAUUCCUUUUAACGAAUUUUUUAUUUGUAAAUGUGGAUCAGAUAAAACGAAUUGGCAAAAAGAAGCGUAUCGACGAGAGUUUCAACCCCAUCUAUGGUACUAUGAUAAACGUCAUCAGAGAUCUUCUUGUCCAUUUCGACGCAGAUGUGAUUAUUUUAAACUUCUUCAAUCUGUCAACAAAUCUCUUCCUAAGAACGAACGUUUAAUCAACAUGAAUAAGAAAGGUUCUUUGAUGAGAAUUAAAAAGAUAUUUCGCACCAUAAAAUUAGAUUACGAUAUAUAUCUUUGGGUUAAAAAUCUUAACGACACGGCAUCUUCCAUCUAUAAACAGGAGAGUGAACUACUUCAAAAUUUCAAGAAAUCUAUCUUUAAGCGAGCAAAAAAGAAGAAAAUAAACAUAUCCGAAAUUAAACCGAUUGUCGAAUCGCGUUUAACAGUUCUUAAUCGAUCUCCAGAAUAUCAUCCUCAAUCUCCAAAUUUCUGUCUAGUAUAA